UUCAGUUUUGGCAGUUGGGUCUGCCGUUGAAGGAAGCGAGGUGGUUUCACUGCGCAGGCGCGAAUGUUUCCUUCGUUUCUCGCCUUGUGAGGAAACCGCGCAGCAGCGAGCGAGCGAGCGACCUUCUGGCGCUGCCUGAGGACUCGGAGGGGUACAUCAGAUUGGCUGCUGGGAACACUUUGAAAUGUUGUCCGCAAUGAAAUUAAUGUUAACACUCUUUCUUUCUGGAAUUGUAGCCUGUUAUGGUGGAAAUCCUAACUACAAUUCAAUACUCCUGGUGUCUUUUGAUGGUUUCAGGGCUGACUAUCUGAAAAACUAUAGACUUCCUCAUCUCCAGAAGUUUAUUGAGGAUGGUGUGUUGGUAGAACAUGUUACAAAUGCUUUUAUUACAAAAACUUUCCCAAACCAUUACAGCAUAGUGACAGGCUUAUAUGAAGAAAGCCAUGGCAUUGUGGCUAACGCAAUGUAUGAAGAAGAUACAAAGAAGAAGUUUUCAGAGUUUAAUGAUACAGAUCCUUUCUGGUGGAACGAGGCGACUCCUAUUUGGGUGACAAAUCAGCAGCAAGAGAAUAGAAGAAGUGCUGCUGCAAUGUGGCCUGGUACUGAUGUAAAAAUUAACAACACAAUACCUCACUUUUUUAUGAAGUAUAAUCAUUCAGUAACAUUUGAAGAGAGAAUGGAGAACAUUACUAUGUGGCUGAACAACUCUAGCCCACCAGUUACUUUUGCUACACUCUAUUGGGAAGAACCAGAUGCAAGUGGGCAUAAAUAUGGACCAGGAGAUAAAGAAAACAUGAGAAAAGUGUUAGAACAAGUGGAUAAUCACAUUGGUUCACUUAUUUAUAAACUCAAGGCAUUGGGAUUGUGGGAGAAUAUUAAUGUCAUAAUUACAAGUGAUCAUGGAAUGACCCAGUGUUUCCCACACAAGCUGAUUAAACUGGAUGACUGCAUUGGCCGUGGUAACUACACUCUAGUAGACACGACACCAGUUGCUGCAAUACUGCCAAAAAACAACAAAAAGUAUGUUUAUAACUUACUGAAAAACUGCAGCACUUCCAUGAAGGUGUAUCUUAAAGAAGAGAUUCCAGAAAGGUUUCAUUACCAUCACAAUAAGCGCAUUCAACCCAUAAUUCUGGUUGCAGAUGAGGGCUGGACAAUUGUACAAAAUGGGUCACUUACAAAAUUAGGUGACCACGGCUAUGACAAUGCUCUUCCAAGCAUGCACCCAUUCCUGGCUGCUCAUGGUCCUGCUUUUCGCAAAGGCUACAAGCAGAACACAAUUAAUAAUGUUGAUAUCUACCCAAUGAUGUGUCACAUCCUCGGAUUUAAACCUCAGCCCAAUAAUGGAACCUUUAGCAACACCAAGUGCUUGUUAGUUGACCAGUGGUGCAUAAAUCUCCCUGAAGCAAUUGGAAUAGUUGUAGGUGUCCUCCUAGUGUUAACUACUCUGACCUGCCUUAUAAUAAUCAUGAAGAAUAGAGUGUCCUCUCCACGUCCAUUUUCCCGACUUCAGCUACAAGAGGAUGAUGAUCCCUUAAUUGGAUAGCAGAUGUAGGAAGUCUUAAUCUCUCUACUACAUAGAUAUUAGGGUCUGGAAGUAAGUGGUAUGUUUAAUCUGCAAAUUUGCUGAUCAUUCUGUGAUGCACUUUAAACAGUACUCAUUUAAAAUUGCCUAAGAUGUACAGACAAAAACCUGUUGAACUGUUUGCCUCUGCAUCUUGACUAACUAUUCAAUAGCACAAGAUUCACAAAAAAUCUACACUGAAAGGAUCCUGUGUUGCCUACUGGAAAAGGCAUUUAACAAAAAGAUGUUUUGCAUUUGGGUAUUUACACACUUGUAAAAUAAAAUAUCAAUUAUAAACUAGGCUAGGAAUCUGAACUUUAACAUUUGUAAAUGAAACUGGCUGUAUUUUGUAUUAAAUUUAAUAGCAGUGAUCUCUUACAAUCUGCACUCCUGUAUCGGUUGGAAAAAUCUGUCCUGCGUCUUACUUUAAAACCAGUGGUUCUCUGGCAGGGGUAUAUUGAUUGUUCUUGGAAACAAUGAUUUCAAUUUCUUGUAUCUAAAUGAACUAGCAAUAGAAAUUCAGCACUCAGUGGCAGUUCUCUCCUGCAACUAUAAGUCAAAUUGUACAAUGUUCCUUGUUUUUUUUAACUAGGUGGUGGUGUAAUUUUUAAAGUACAGAACUGGGUUUAUGGAUAUCGAGGUUCUUAUCCCACUUCUCACUUUCUGCAUGGCCUUGUGCAAAUCAGUUGACUUUUCUCCACCCCCGUUUCCUCAUCUAUAGAACUGGAAUGACUUUUAAUAGUUAGCUGGUUUGUGAAAUGUUCUGAGAUUCUUAGGUGGCAGUUUUGAAGUACAAAGUACUAUUAGAGAAGAAUAUGAAAACAUUUCUCAAAUACACCCCUACCUAUUUUUCAUAUACACUUUAAAAAAACAAAAAAACUCAAGUUUAGGAUGACUUUUUUUUUUUUCUUCUUUUUUUUAAAUGGGGACCCCUCACUUCAGGAUAAGCUUUCUCUGGUUAAAACAUGAUUGUAAUAACACAUGAAGAAAAACUUGAGUUUAGUGCUGAGGUAAGGAUAUGAAAAACCAAUGGACUUUAUCUUAUGACUGAUAUCUUUUUGUAUCUAAACCUAUUAACACAACUUUAAAGUUCUGUUGUAAACUAACGGUAUUAUCCGAAAACCACCGAACCUUUUAGUGAUGCAGUAUGAUUUGCUAUAUGCCACUUCACCCCCAGGCUGCUGUUCAGGGUUUGAAGAAAGAGCUCUAAGUGCUGAGUUUUGCUCUUGAAUGGUGCCUUGCUGAUACUCAGUGGCAGCUCUAAAGGUAGCUGCAUCCAGUUUUCCAGGGGUAGAAAGAAUGGAAAAUAAAGGGAAUUUAGAAUGUCAUCUAUGUGUGUAUGUAUAUAUAAUGUGCUUAAGAUCAGACUAUUUUUAAAUGGCUAGUGCCUUAACAUGGUGAAAUAUUUAUUUUGAUCAUAUGGUUUUGGUUUCUGUGAAAACAUUUUAUAUAUGUAAAAUAAAUUUUAGAAGGUGUUCAACUAUAUUUUUUUCUAAGCAAAAAACAUGGCAUGUUGUUCAUUGCUUUGGAAUUGAUACAGCUUUUGCUGUUAUGGCACAUGAUAGCAUUUCCCAGUUAAUGCAGACUAUGAUCUUUAUCUCCAAAAGCAACUGGCUGUGCAGGGAGAAGAGGCACACAUCAGCUACCAGCCUGGGCUAGGAGCGGAAGGGCUCACGUUGGUGAGGGGGGGUGUGAGCUUGAAAAGCCCAGGUACUCAGUAACCAUCAAUGCAUUCCCCUGUCCUUAAAGCACCAGCUGGUGCUGGUUUUAGACAGUAACCUGUGUAGAAUAUCCCAUAUUGGAGAAGGUUGCAGCACAUAUAAGCUGGCUAGUUGAUCCUCAGACUGCUUAAAUCCUCAAUUGGUUUUAGACAUGGGUUUUGGGUAAAAAACUGCAUUAAGUGCACUGGCAGAUCUUCUACCAUUAGACAAACUAAGUUCUCAAUGCUAUUUUUUAAACUGCCAGCUUCUUUUGGCACAGUAUGAGGACAGUAGGAUUGGUUAGAGUUGCCCUUGAGUGCUAUGGGAUCUGGUUAUCUAGAAAACAGUUUUGCCCCAGCUCCUAUGCCUUAGAUGAGACCAGUAGAGAUGUCUAAAACUGGAGCUACCUUGCCACAGAGGGACAUUGUGGUAACACCUUCUCCAUCAGGCAUCCUGUUUCUGGAAUUUUCUCUCUUCCGGCAAUAAUGGUAUAAAAGCCACAUCUUUUGUAAUAUGCACUGAAGAGUAUAUUUCACAAUGGGAUUUGAGAUGAUCAUGACCUCUAAGCUUGAGUAUUAAUUGGAAAUCUGCAUCUGAAUUAUGCUAAACUUGAGAGGGUGAUACCCUAUAUGAAGCACAAUAAAGGAAGAAUUAAAUCAGUCA